GAGAGGAGCAGGCGCGGGUCCCCGCCUCCCCCGCAACGUGCUCGCGCUCGUCCCAGGGACAAGACCCCCGCGGUGGUCGAGAUGGCGCUCGCCGGUCUCGGGUUCCGGAGAGCGGCGGUCUCCACUCUUCGGCUCCGUCUCGCUACGGGGUCUCCACCCCGCAGGCGCGCGGCCCAUUUCGCUUUCCAGCCGGACCCGGAGCCCACCCAAUAUGGCCAGACACAAAAAAUGAACCUUUUCCAGUCUAUAACAAGUGCCUUGGAUAAUGCCUUAUCUAGAGAUCCAACUGCAGUAAUAUUUGGUGAAGAUGUAUCCUUUGGUGGAGUUUUCAGAUGUACCGUUGGCUUGAGAGAUAAAUUUGGUAAAGACAGAGUUUUCAAUACUCCUUUAUGUGAACAAGGAAUUGUGGGAUUUGGCAUUGGAGUUGCAGUCACUGGUGCUACAGCUAUCGCUGAAAUCCAGUUUGCUGACUAUAUUUACCCCGCCUUUGAUCAGAUUGUUAAUGAGGCAGCAAAAUAUCGAUACCGUUCUGGAGAUCUCUUUAACUGUGGAAGCCUUACAAUAAGAGCGCCGUGGGGAUGUGUGGGUCAUGGUGCAUUGUACCACUCUCAGUCCCCAGAAUCCUUUUUUGCUCACUGUCCAGGAUUGAAGAUUGUUGUUCCAAGAGGACCUAUUGAAGCGAAGGGACUGUUAUUGUCAUGUAUAGAAGAUAAAAACCCUUGCAUAUUCUUUGAGCCUAAAAUAAUGUACAGAGCAGCAGUGGAACAAGUCCCUGUGGAGCCUUACUCCAUCCCUUUGUCUCAAGCAGAAGUGCUUCAGGAUGGAAGCGAUGUAACUUUAGUGGCUUGGGGUACUCAGGUUCAUGUCAUAAAAGAGGUAGCAGUUAUGGCACAAGAAAAAUUAGGAGUCUCCUGUGAAAUAAUUGAUUUGAAGACUAUUUUGCCUUGGGAUGCAGAGACUGUGUGCAAGUCAGUGGCAAAGACUGGACGAUUGCUCAUCACUCAUGAAGCCCCUGUUACUGGAGGUUUUGCAUCAGAAAUUAGCUCCACGGUGCAGGAGGAAUGUUUCUUGAAUCUAGAAGCUCCUAUUACAAGAGUAUGUGGUUAUGACACCCCAUUUCCUCACAUCUUUGAACCAUUCUAUAUCCCAGACAAAUGGAAGUGCUAUGAUGCAGUUCGGAAAAUGAUUAAUUAUUGAUGUCCAGGUGAACAAAGAAAGAAAAUUCAACUGCUAUCUACAGAAUAUUUGCAAUUAAACUUGGGCUUAUUUUGUUUUAUCUUUAUCGGGAAUAACCAUUCAAGAUUCUUUUCUGGAUACUCACCUGACUAGUCAUCGCCAAAAUUCUAUCAGGUGUGGAGUUUAAUAUGGCCAUGUGAUUGUUGUAAAAUAUUUAUUUUGAUUCUUUCCCAAUUUUGCACAUGAGACUGCUAAGUUGUUUUAUCAUGCAAAUCAAGGCUCAGGUUGAACUUAAUAAAUUGUAAUCAAGAGA